AUGUCAUUUGUCCUCAUUCUUUCCUUUUUUAUGAAAACUGCAUUAGCUGAUUAUUUACUUAUAUUAACUCCAGAAUAGCCUUUUGUUAUUACAGAAUUUUCAAUUUUAGAAUCUAUUAAACAAGAAGGUGUAGUUUAUAGAUAGAGUGCUUGGUUUUAAUACUUACCUUUGACUUCUACUGUAUAAGCUUAAUCUGUUGGAAUACUAGAUAGCAAUUGCUAUCAUUUAUUUAGUUCAAUAGAGAAAAAAUCGAAAAGUUUAAAUUUUAUACAUUAUGAUUGUUAAGAUCACGAAUAAAUGACAAUAACAAAAGUAAUCAAAUUUAUUGGUAAUGAUGAUUAACAAUAUAGUUUUGAAUUCAAUAUAAAUAUCUUUGAAUAUGAAAAUCAAUGGUAUUAUUUUGAAUUCAUAAUAUUUCCUUAUAACAAUAGAUUUUAAAUAAUAAUUAUAAAAAACGAACAAAUCCUUAAAAAUGAAAUUUUGAAUGUUAUACCAUUUAAAGAUUAAAUAAUAAUAUAAAAAAUAGGUGAUGAUUUAGUUAUUGUAGAUUCAAAAAUAGUAAAUAUUAGUAUUGGAGAUAAAUUUGCUACAUUUCCUGGUAAAAUUAUGCCUAUUAUGAAUAAUAAUAAUAUUUUUGAUUUUGCUUCAGCCGCAAUUAAAUUGGUAAAGUAGAGAAAAUAAUGUAGAUGUUAGAGGAAUUCUAUAAAUAAUUUAAUUGACUCAGAUUAUAAUUAUCUUAAUACAUCAAUUUAUACUUCAUAAUUCCAGAAUUGCGAUUCUUUAAUAUUUUCUGGAUGGUUUAAGAUUAAUGAAAUAAUUCAAAUUGAUAAAGAAAUGACAUUUUAAUUUAUUAAAUUGACUUCAAAUAUGUAAAAUAAUUAAUUAUAGAAUUAAAAUAUAUCUCCUUUAUAAUUGUUUUAUAAACUAUCAUAGGAUUUAAAUGAAAUUAUUAUAACAAGUUAUAGUUACACAUUUCCAUCUGUUACUUUAGAUUUUACAAAUGAUCCUUUUUUAAUCACUCAAAAAUUUAAGAUUACAAAUAAUAUAUAAUUAUGGCAUUUAUUAUAUGUAAAAUUAGUAGAAGAUAUUUGGGAUCUAAAUAUCAAAUUUUAUGAAAAAUAGUAAGUUUAUGAAUACAAGACAUAAAUUAUAGUUAAACAAUUUCAUUAAAUAUUUUAUAAGCUCUAUUUGGGUAAUUUAUAAUAAUCAACUUCUAAUUAUUUAAAUAUAAUGGGUAGAAAUCUCUAUUUCUUUAAUUGUAAUCAAAACUUUUAAUAAAAAAAUUGUCAUUAAAGUUGUGGGGAAUGUGAUGGUCCUACUUAUUAAGAUUGUUUAUCUUGUUCUAUAGAAUCAUAAAGAAUAUACCUUCCAGAAUAUAAGUAAUGUGUAUGUCCAUAUUAUACUAUUGAUGAGGAUAAUAAAUGUAUGAGUUAUUUAGACUUUGAUUUUAAAUUAAUUUCUAAUGUAGAAUAUAAUGAAGGCUGUAAUUAUGGACAAUUUGAACUUAAUGGAUCUUGUUAAUAAUGGUAAUUUUAAUUAAUUAUUAUUAAAGUCCAGGGUUACUAAAUUCAUAAACUAUAGGCUGCUUAGAAUGUGUUAUGAAUCCAACAGAUUGGUAGAGGAGUCCUUUUUGUGAAACACAUUUAUACUUAAAUUAGGAUGGUAGCACAUCUGAAUUAAAAAAAUAAUAUCAAAUGUCUAGAUAAUAUUUCACUUUUAAUGGUAUUAAUCUUGAACUAUGCUCUUAAUGUUAAGAAUCUAGCCUUACAAAUUAAAAUAAUAUAAAUUAAGAUAUAGCUUAUAAAUAGGAAUCCUUUAAAAAAUUUUGUUUUUCUGAAAGUUCAUUAGAUUAAUGUUAUAUAUGCAACAUUUAAUACUGUAAGGUUUGUGUAGUUUUAAUAACAAAAUAAGUUUGUCUUUCAUGCUAGGACAUGCAUAUUUUAAAUGAUGAUCAUUGUACUAUGUUUUCAUUAGGUAAGAUAGAAGAAAAUAAUUGUUUAUCACCAUAUUAUAUAUCUUCAACUAAGGAAUGUAAAUUAUGCACUAUUGAGAAUUGUAUUUAUUGUUUUGAAUAUGUCGUAGAUAAUUUGACAUUAACUACUCUUUAAAAGAAUUUCUAAUAAUUUAAUGGAGAUGAUGAUAUUUAAGUAGGAUGUGCUAUGUGUAAAGAUGGAUAUGUAUUUGAUUUUAGAAUUAAUUUAUGUGUAAAGCAAACUCCAAAAAUAGAAUCUUGUCUUAGAAGUUAUAUUAAUAAUGAGGGAACAGAAAAAUGCACUUUAUCAACUAAAUCAGAUUUCUCAAUUUCAAGAGAAAUAGUCAAUUGUGAAUAAUUCAUUUCUAAUUGUCUUUAAUGUUUUCUAACAGUAUAAUCUAUCUUAAGAUGUAUUAUAUGUAAAGAAGGUUAUACAACUUCAAUUACUGAAGUAAAUGGUUAAUGCAUUAUUAGCUAAAAACCUAAUUAAAUAAUAAGUAUAUAAGGAAAUUCUUACUUAAAAGAUGCAUGGAUGUAAAGGAUAUAAAGUUUUAUGGGAUCCUUCUUACCAAAUUCAUACUUUUAUCCAUUAUCCUUAUAAACUUAUUAAAUUGAAGAGAUAGCAAUCACAUGUAAGGAAGGAUAUAAGUUAGCUAAAUUGAGAUAUUGUGUUUAAUAUUGCGAUUCAAAUUGUUAAGAAUGUAAACUAAGUUCUUCAAAAACUGAAUAUUUUUGUUAUAAAUGUUCAUUAGAUUAUUUUAAGUAGAAUCAAAGAGUUUAAAUUGAAGGAAUUUGUUAAACAUGUUCACUUCUUUGUGCUUAUUGUUAAUCCAAAAGUAAUGAUGAAAUUAUUGUAAUUUAUUUUUUUAUCAUAUUUAGUAAACUUCACCUAAUUUUAUUUAGACCUCAGGUAAUUAAAUCUUUUCCAAAAAUUGUUAUAUACCUACUUAAGAUCCAAAUAUUAUUAUUUUACCUAAAUAAUUUAUUCCUAUAUAUUGUUUAGAUUAAUCUUGCUAAAAUAAUUUAUUGUAUGUAUUCUAAAAUCAAAUGUGCUCUGAAGAAAGAUUUCUACUUUAUUAUUUACUUACUAAUGCAAAUAUAAAGUAUUUAAAUUAAGUUGGAGUAUAAAAAAUUAUUAUUCAAAUUGAGUAUCCAAUAGCCACUAAAUAAUGUAAUGGUGGAAUUUAAAUAAAUAGUAUUUCUCUUAAAGAAAAUAUAUUUUCCUUAAAAAAAACUACUCUAAUUAUUAAUGGUAAUGCAGCAUUAUUUAAUAAAACUUCAUAUAAUUAUCUUAUUGAAAAUUUUGACACAAUUCAGAUCUCCAAUUUUACAAUGAUUUUAGAUAAUUCUUCCUUAAACUUUGGAAAUUCUAUGUUAAAACUUAUAAUGAAGAAUAUUAUUUUUAUUGGAGAUUAGCAAUAAUAAGAGAGACUAUUACUUAAUUCAAAUUAAUUAAAUAAUAUAGAUUUAGUAAACAUCACAAUUAGUAAUGCAUUUUUUUCUUAAUCUUCAUUCUUUCACAUAGAUUCUUUAGAAUUUAAAGAAUAAUUACAUAUUGAUACGUUUUUAAUCUUAAAUUCUACAUUUAUAAACUCUAAUCUAUUUUUGAUUAAGAAUAGUUAAUUAUCUAUGUAUAUCAAUAAUUUAUAAAUUGAAAACUGCACAUUAGUUAAUUCAUCAAUUAUAAAUAUGAAAUUGAAUUUAUCUUUUAAAAACAAUACAUAGAUAUCAACAUUUAUCAUGA